AUGGGGCUUUUGAUAGGACUUUUAAAACGAAUAUUUAAAUUGUUAUUAUAUUUUGCAUUAUUUAUUGUAGUUAUACUUGUUAUUCCUAAUUUGCCUCCAUAUACAAAGUUCACCAACAUAGAGCUCGAACCAACUCAGCCUAGAGUUGGAGUCCUAUCACCGAAUGAAGCUUUAAAUAAUGCACAACAGUUAUUCAAGGACAAAUUAAAAGGACCUGAAGCUUUUCGAAUAUUUGAUGGUGAACUUUACACUGGACUUAUGACCGGCGAAGUAGUUAAAAUUUCUCCUGGAGGUCAUAUCACAUUUGUUACCAAAAUAGGACAGCCUUGCACUGGCCUUUCUCAAGAACACAUUUGUGGACGUCCCCUUGGAUUUGAGAUAGAUGAAAAAAAUAAAUUAAUGUAUGUUGCCGAUGCAUACUAUGGUAUUUGGAAAGUUGACCUAAAGACCGAUAAAAAGCAGCUUCUUGUUCCACCAAACGUGGAAAUUGAUGGAAAACAAGCAAAAAUUUUUAAUAGCAUUGCACUGGACAAUAAUCGUGACCUGUAUUGGACUCACUCAUCUAGUGACUAUGACUUAAAAGAUGGUGCAAUGGCAGUGCUUUCUGAUCCAUCUGGGCGCUUACUACACUAUGAUUCAACAAAAAAUAUAAGCAAAGUCCUACUUGAUAAUUUGUGGUUCGCUAAUGGUGUUGUAAUUUCGCCAGAUAAUCAAUUUGUGUUAGUUGCUGAAACUAACAGCUAUAGAGUAAUGAAAUAUUACAUUAAUGGCCCUAAAAAAGGAACGUCAGAAGUGUUUAUAACAGGGCUACCAGGUGCUCCUGAUAACUUACGUGUUCUUCCUGAUGGCUCAGGUGUCCUUAUAUCUUUAUUUGUUGUUUUUGACAAUGAAAAUCCACUUAUUAGCCAAUCUUUGGCCAACACACCACUUGCUAGAAAAUUUUUGGCACGUCUUAGCCGCUUAAUUGAAAUACCAUUUGAAUAUCUCCAUGAACAAUAUCCACAUGUUGUGCUAGAGGACAUUAUAUAUAAGAUUGGUCACUUCUCAAGUAUAAGCAGUAUGUUGCCAAACAUCUCUGGAUUAUUACAAGUAGAUUGGAAUGGCAACAUUGUGGCAUCAUAUUUUAACACAGACAAUAGUGUUGAUCAUAUUAGUGAUUCUAUUGUAUAUAAUGAUAAGUUGUAUAUGGGUGGCCCACAUUUACCAUACAUUGCUUCAGUACCAGCUCCACCACUUUUAAAAAAAGCUUUCACUGAAAAUAAACCAUCCGGUGCUUCAGCUAUGAAAAGUGAAGAAAGUAAAAAAACUUCUCAGCCUAAAGUUCAAUCAGCUCCAACUGCAAAAGUAGUAAAGGGUACAGAAAAGGACAAGGUCAAAGUUGUCGACAUGAAGGAUAAUAAACCGUUAGUACAAAAGUCAUCUGAACCAAGUUCACCAGAAAAAAAGGCUAAAGUAGAUAGUGCACAAAUCAAUAAGGGAAACCAGCAACAAAAAGAAAAAAUUGUGACAAAACCAACAAAAAUAGAAAGUGAGACUAAACCAAAAUCUAAUGAACCUAAAGUAACUGGAGCAAAACCGAAUACCGAUCCUAAAAAACCAAUGACGAAUCAGAAUAAUAAUUUAAAGCAACCUGAAGAAAAACCUAAAGUUAUCUCUAAACAACUGGAUGAGAAACAGAAUAAACAAGAGAAAAUAGUCAAAGAUUCUAUAAAUAAAAGUGAUAAACCCAAAGUAGUUACCCCGGAAAAAGUACCUCAUGCAAAGUCCACAGAAUCUAAAGAUGAAGCUUUAAAAACUACAAAUGAAAAACCGAAAGUACAAAAGAAUAAAGAUACUGUAAAAAUGAAGACCUCACAUACGAAACAAACACCACAAAAUCCUGUACGAGAUCAAAUACCAGUCAAGGAAGAUAUUCCUUCUGACAGAAUAAAGCCCAAUGAAGAAACAUUAAAAGUGAUCAAGAAAAGCGGUCCCAUUGAGAUCCCAAACCCUAAUUAA